UCCCGUUGCGGCGGGUGUCCCCUGGUUGGGAGGAACGCCCCUGCCGAGGGGAUGCUCCGGCCGGAGGGGGUGUCCCUAACGGUGGGGAUGCCUGGACUGGCGGGGGCUGUCCCACUGGGGAUGAUUUCCCGUUGGGGAGGUGCCUGGCGGGGGAGCGGCUCCGGCUAAGCAUGGGUGUUCUGCUAGGAGGAUGUGUCUGGCUGGGGGCGGUGUCCCAACCGGGAGGGUUGCCCUGAUGGGGGAGGUUCUGCAGUUGUGGAGAUGCCAACUUGGGAGGGUGUGCCCUCUCUGGUUACCCCGCUCUCGCUGCCACUCAUAUGCCUGCCGCCCAGGUAUGCACAAGCCAAAGCCUUUUCUGCAGACCCAGUAGCCUUCCCUGGAGAGCGCCCCCAGCAGCACAGAAACUACCUAUAUGCCCCGCAGUGGUCAGCUCGCCUUAUCCCAGCCCCGAGACCCAAAACAAGAAGCAUGGACUGAAUUUGAGGUUUCUGGAUGGUCGCGUGAACCGAGGGGACGGGUACUGUACUGACAACAAAUGAGCCUUGAAGGUCAAUCUGGGUGACACCCAAGCCUCCUGGUGAGUCGGACUCCGGAGAAUUAUCUCAAGUCCAGCAUAGACAGCGCACAUAGAAAAGUAAACGGACAAUCCCAAGUGCCAAGGGAACCUUCCCAGGUUUCUUUAGGGCAGCUAAACUGCUCUGCCAAAGCCUAAGUCCAUUUAUGACAGGCCGAGCGCCCUGAGCCCUCGCAGGAGACACGAGCACUUUCAUGGCCCUCCUGCCCCACCCUGCCCCACACCCACCUCUCCACCGCCCCUGCUGCUGUCUGUCCCUUCCCUGAAACCUUUAUUUCAAGUGUCUUUGUGGCUUGCCUCUUUACCAUCCUUGAGUUUAAAUAUCACCUGUUAAGAGAAGCCUUCCCUCUCCUCCCUAGUUAAAAUGAUACUGCCUCCCCAUACCUGUCUUCGUUGACUGACUUUGCUCCAUCACAGUGUCAUCUGACUCUCCCACAUCCUGACUUGCAAUAUUGUCUCCCUACUGGAAUAUGGAGUUUCACUAUGUUGCCCAGAGUGAUCUGGAACUCCUGACCUCAAGCGAUCCACCUGCCUCAGCCUCCCAAAGUACUGGGAUUACAACAGGCGGGAGCCACCGUGCCCGGCCUGGUCCUGUGCAUUUUAUAGAUAAGGUAACUGACAAACCUAGCCACAGCCGCCCCUUCGCCCUACAGGAGAACUGGAAUUUGAACCCACAUCCUUCACCACCACCUCCAUUGUUUCUGGAAGCGCCCUCCAGGCAGGCUAGCCAGCAAUACAGGGCCUCCCUUGCGGCUAGAACGUCUGCAGGAUGCCCCUUUGAGAAAUGCUGCUCCACAGAACCCUGCCUUUCAGGCCUUGGAGAUGUGGGCAGGGGAGAAGCAGCGUCCCUCAGAGCCAGGCCUGGCAGUGGUGCCGGCAGGGGCCGAGGCCCAGGGAGCAGGGUCUCCUGUCGGAGGGACCUGGGCAAGCCCCUCCACGCUCCGGUGGCUUUCUCAGCAGGGGAGGUCCAGACCACACCGCCUGGGAACCUGGGUGCCUAAACGCAACAGGAGCCGAGGCACAAAUUUAACCAAACACCAAGGUUAUGUGAGGCCCCAAUUCGUGAGCCGGGCUCCAAGGACGUGUCCUUAGGCAGCUCUGGAAGGCCCAGCACCAGCCCCGGUCCUCUGUUAAAGGGAACCAGCCCGGCGGCUCCACCCAGGCAUGGCAGCCUAAGCACACCCCCAGGGUAGUAGGGGGCACCUGAGGAGCAGGGUCUGCCCUGGCAUGAGCAGAGCCCAGGAUGGGGUCAGGGUCAGGCCCUGCCAGAGGCUGGAGGGUGCCCAAGGCGAGGCCGGUGAGGCCCAGCUCUACAAAUAAAGUGUUUUAUUUACAGGA